AUGGCGUCUACUUCAAACCCUUUAGAGACAAAUGAAGAAUCUAAGGACGUGCCCUUGGAUCAGGCAUUCUCAGCACUUUUCGGCUCAUCUGGUUCUGCGGCACAAGAAGCGAGGUCUUGUCUGUGGAUUCUCAUCUCGCGCCACCAAGAGUUCGGAGGCAGCACAAAUUUCGCUCGGCAUCGAAGGGGCCUCAUUUCUGUCCAGAUUGCGGUCAAGGCUUCAAGCGAAUGGAAGGCAUGCAUACACAUCGAAAAGACUGUAGGGCACGAACCUGAACAAUCACAUGAUGCCUCAGAAGAACUGGGUGAUCGAUAUUCUUCUCAAACACCUGACAGCGAUGGAGGAUCUUCCACCCCAGAGACUUAUAUCGAUGAUCGGAAGAAACAGAUUAUUGACAGCAUUGUCUUUUCUGCGAUGCAGUGGUUGCAUUCAAAGCUGGACGUGUGGCACUCACAUCUCCUUGUUGGGUCGUCCAACCCCAACAAUCGUGGUAACAAAAAGAGGAAAGUAGCAGAAACAGACAAUCACGAGACAGACAACGAGGACGAAGGUGGCAAUUGGGAAGACCGGCAGAGCAGUCGUAUGCCUAUUCAAGGGCACGAGGAUCCAAAGUUCGCUUGUCCGUACUUUAAGCAGCCCCAAUAUCGUUGCGCUCGUUGCUGGCAGCCUUUCGCGGAUGAGCAAGGCAUUGUUGACCACCAGAGAACCGAUGAGUUCUCUGGUGGGGACUACAUGCGCCGCUCGGACUAG